UUAAACAGUAGGGUUAAUGUAUUUGCGCGACGGUGACGAUAAUUUAUAGAUAUAGUUGUUUAAUAUCAUAACCAGGAGGUUUAAUCAAAAUCGCGUAACAGGCACACUCGUAAAGAAACUCGUAUACGUCCCGCACGUCGUUAUAAUAUUAUAAAAAUCACCAUCAUAAUAUAAUAUUAUAUUAUAUACACAUAUAUCGUUAUGGACUCUCACCAAGUAUCGGAAAAACAGACACGUAGACGUAGCCGGACCGUCAGCUGGGACCAUUCGGUCAGAGCAGACGGCGAGCCGUUGACUUACAGGACGACAACGGAUAGAAGUGUUUUAUCGCCACAGGGGAUAGUGUCACCAGGUCCACGUGAUUCGUCGACAACAGAAUUGUUUUUUGAUGACGACAUGAGUAUUAGCAGAGGACAUUCGAUAGAAAAGGUUCGGUUUUCAGCCAGCCGGGCGCAUUCGGAUGAAAACGAUGAGGAUUAUUCAGCUAGUGUAAAUGCGAUACUUCAUAAACGGCUCAGUGUUAGAAAAGGCAAACACCUAAAGCAAAGAAGAUCGUCUUCUCCUGUAUCUUCAAUGCUACCCGAUGAUGCUAGUUUAAUAUCGGAUCGAAGAAGAUCGUCAGCUUUUACAACCAGCUCCGGAGAUACGGCAAUCAACAUCGAAGAGGCAGGUAUCUCUCAAGAGCAGAUAUUUGAAAACAUUCGUUUACACAAAGAGGUAUUAGGCAGUGUCCGUCAACAACCAUGGUCCAUACGUAGGAAGAUGAAAUUGGUUCAGCAAGCUAAAGAAUACGUAAAGAAACACGAGGGUCAGCUACAAGAACGUUUGGCAAUGAGUAAAAGUACGAGAGAUAUCAUGGCACGGUUUCACAUAGUCUUAGUUAAACAAUGGCAACACAGUAAACGGGAGAUGGCCAAUUUCAUAAGUCAAAUAAUUCCAUGGGAACUGACGAUCAAAGAAAUUGAAUCUCAAUUUGGCACGGUUGUAGCUUCGUACUUCACGUUUCUCCGCUGGUUGUUUUGGGUGAACUUUGUUAUAUCUGUGUUAUUAGCAGCCUUCGUCGUUAUGCCCGAAAUUUUGACGACCAAUAAGGCGGACACCGGAGAGCGCAAGACACUGUUGCCCGAGGAGGAAGCCACUUCCAUGCAAUUAAUGACUUUGUUAAAUUUUGAGGGAGUUCUACAGCAUUCACCCAUGUUUUACGGCUACUAUUCAAAUCGACAAAGUUCGGACACCGGAUACCGGCUACCCACGGCCUACUUUAUCACGGGGCUCGCUGUUUACAUUUAUAGUUUCGUGGCUACGCUUAGAAAAAUGGCCGCAAACUCUCGAUUGAGCAAAUUGUCUGAAAAAGACGACGAGUGCAUUUUUACGUGGAAACUGUUCACCGGGUGGGAUUACAUGAUCGGAAACGAAGAAACCGCUCACAAUCGUAUAUCAUCCAUUAUACUCGGUUUUAAAGAAGCAUUGCUUGAAGAAGCUGAAAGAAUGAAAGACAAACAAAAUUGGAAAGUGGUGGUUCUGAGAAUAUUUGCAAAUAUAAAUAUGGUGUGGAUGCUGGGAAGUUCGGUUUAUGCCGUCAUUUUCGUAGUCGAAAGAUCCACACAACCAGAGGCUGAAUCCACAUUGUGGAGAAAAUAUGAAAUCACAGUUGUCAUGACACUCAUUGGCACGUUUUUUCCAAUCGCGUUUGAAGUGUUGGGUGUGUUGGAGAGUUACCACCCGAGGACAACUCUUCGUGUACAAUUAGCUAGGAUUAUGGCGUUGAAUUUGUUAAAUCUUUACACAUUGACGUUUGCGUUGUUUGUGAAAAUUAACGACAUGACCAAGGAGCUGUUGGAGUUGAAAUCCAACGUAUCCAAUAUCACAGCUGCCGCGGCUAUCAAAGCUACUACAACCACUAUGGGCACUACAGCUACCACGGCUACCAUGGCCACUGCGGCCACCAUGGCAACAACGGCAUCUUUGUUGAAGACGACUUCGACUGGCUCGGUAUUGGUAGCGUUAGCAUUCAUGAAUUCUACUAUGUCGAAUAUAACGAAACUUCAAUUACCAGUCAUCCGAACUAUAGAUACACAACCGAAUUGCUACCGACAGCAAAUAGAAUGUCCGUUCUCAUGGCCAGCUGUCCGGUACAUUCCAAUCGACGAUCAUCCGCCUAAAGUAGAUGGUUAUAUUCCCUCGUCAAAUGCGCCACUGGAAUUCGGUACGACUGGGGCCGACUUUUCUUCGACUAUAGAUUUAAGUUCCGGUGCGGAUUCCGGUCUAACUACAGAUGUUUUUGGCGUGAAUCGGAAUAGUGCCGCUGGAUGGACUGAAAGUACGGCCGAAACCACUUUCAAGACCAUCGAUGAUCUACGAAUAACCGCCGAUGUCGUAUACUACGACGACACGUUUUCGUCCGAAAAUACCGACACCGCUUCUGAGUUCAAUGUCAGCUAUACGCACAGUUAUGAUGGAGCGACGGAGAACUCGACUGAAGGUCUAGUUACUAUUGAGUCAAUGACGGAGAAUUCAACCAUGGAUCCAGUCGAUGAUGGGUUAACAAUCACGAAUCCAACGAAUGUUUUGUUAGAAGACUUUAGUUCGAUUGUCUCUCAAUCGAUAUCAAGUUCGACACAGAAUGCAAUAGGUGAAACGAUAUCGAGCGAGUCCGUAGAAUUAACACCGAGUACGACUCCUAAAUCGAUGGCAAGCCUGGACGUAGAAGUAUUGACAGCGAACACGACGAUUGAUCAAUCAAUAAUUACUAUAGAUAACGACGAUGAGCCAUAUAGUACAAUUGCGUCUGAGGAUCUGAAAUUAUGGAGGACGGACGAGAUAAUUGCAUCGUCUGAAGGAAGAAGAAUCAUAAAACGGAUGUCGGAAGUAAUUUUCAAUGGAACUCAUUGCUUUCAAGUAGUUUGUUCGUCUCCAUCACCAGUUACAAAUGUAACCGAGGUGCCAAACGGUUUUCAAGGAUUUAGCGAGAAAUCGAGUGAAGCAUAUGUGACCACAACAGAACAUGAAGAUGCGCCUAGAGAAGACUUAUCUCUUCGUGCCACUUGUUUGAAUCUCCAAAUCAGGCGACGAUUGCGAAAAUUGUGUUGGGAAACAAUGUUUGGACAAGAGUUAGUAAAACUUACAGUUAUGGAUUUGGUGUCGACAAUCAUCUCAACGAUAUUCGUGGACUUUGCGCGUGCCGUAUUCGUUCGAUACAUGAAUCGGUGCUGGUGCUGGAAUUUAGAGAAACGGUUCCCGCAGUACGGUGAUUUCAAGAUCGCCGAAAACAUAUUGCAUCUAGUCAACAAUCAGGGUAUGGUAUGGAUGGGCAUGUUCUUUUCUCCCGGGCUGCCCAUCAUAAAUGUAGUCAAGUUGAUGAUCAUGAUGUACGUGCGAUCGUGGGCGGUGCUCACGUGUAACGUUCCACACGACGUCGUGUUUCGGGCCAGCCGAAGCAAUAACUUCUAUCUAGGACUAUUACUCACCAUGUUAUUUUUGUGCGUUCUACCGGUCGGUUACGCUAUCGUGUGGAUUGAACCAUCGUGGCACUGUGGUCCAUUCUCACAGUAUAAAAAGAUCUAUCACAUCUUCACCAACUCGAUCAAGAAAGCUGUACCUAAUCCAAUGGUGCACAGGGUACUCGACUAUAUAGCAUCACCCGGCAUCGUAAUACCAUUGUUGUUGCUCCUCAUCCUCAUCAUUUACUACUUGGCAUCACUCACAUCAUCACUACGAGAAGCUAAUAACGAUUUGAAAACACAAUUAAGACGCGAGCGAACCGAAGAACGACGGAAAAUGUUCCAGUUAGUAAACAGGAAGAAACAUGGUAGUGGCGUCGAUAACGAUGAUGAAGACGAUUACGCGUGCAUGGAUACGACGUUGGAUAAGUGGAGACAUAUAAUGCCAGACAAUAAGCUGAAGACGGACGUUCCAAGCUCUGUGUUCGAAAUCGCUGAGAAAAAACUCACAGAUAAUGAGGUAUUGGAUAGAGUGCGUGAGAAACUCGUGCAUAUAGAAGCGGAGGAUCAGCAACCUGAAAAUAAAAACAAUUCAAGUCGAGAAGAUCAACAGCAACAACAGCAGACGCAACUACAGCACACGAAACCCCAACGUAAUCAUCACCAUCAUCAGCCACCACUAUUGCAACAUCACCACCAUCAUCAUCACCAUCACCAGCAGCAUCUCUAUCACCACCUCCGCCGACCAUCGAGAAGCGAAGAGCCGCGGGAUACAACGGCGACGCUGCGGAAGUGGAAAAAGUCCAAAGUGGUCCGACAUCUAUCAUCCGAGUCGGAGUCGUCGGAUCAGUCGGAAGCAGUAACGGAAACCCGUGAACCUAUUCAACCUCAGGUCACCACUGUCUUGCACAGUUCCGGAUUACAUCUCAAGACUACAGCCGCUGAACUUCCGGUCAGCGGUGCCGUCGUUGAAGAAGGGGGUCCCGCGACAGUUGUAGAUCAGCCCGUCAAGCAGAGGGCCAGGCUCAAGUUAGCGCAAAUACUGUACAAGGAAGCGCGUAGGAGAAGACAAAAAUACGUAGAGGAACUGCAAAACCAACAGGAAUAAAUAAAACAUUUUAGAUUCACAAUAAUAUUUAUUGUUAAUUGUCAACCGAAAAAAUCAAGAAAACAUAGAACCAAAACAAAAUGUUAAUAUAUUGCAAUUGUUUUCAAGAAAUUUAAUGAAAGUAAUUUCUAAGAAACCUUUACUUGGACAAGGAUAGAACCCAACCUAAACGAAUGUACAACACCGUCAAAACAAGAAGUUGAACUACAAAUAAGGCGAUUGAAGAACUAUAAAUCACCUGGUGAGGAUGGUAUACAAGAUGAGAUUAUGAAAAUGCUGAACGAAGAUUCAUUAACACAUAUACAUUGGUUACUAACCCAUAUUUGGAAGAAGGAAGUACUACCGGAAGGUUGGAAUUUUUCAGUCGUAUGCUUAAUCCAUAAAAAAGAUAAGGUUAAACCCAUUGCGGAAGAGAUCAACAACAGACUGGGCAGGACAUGCAUGACGGAGAGUAGGAUCCAUAGUAAGAACAACAAUCGAAAAGAACCCGAUCGGUAAGAGACCCUUAGGAAGAUCAUGCUUACGCUGGGAAGACUGUUUAAAAAGAUACGCGGAAAGCGUUGAACCAGAGGUACCAUGGAGAGUAGCGGCAGAAAAUAGAGAUAGAUGGAGAGAAAUUGGUUCGGCGGCAAGAGACAUAAAAUUACGUAUAAAAGAUCAAAAACUAAGGCGUUCUUAAAAAAAUAAACGAAAUUCGAAAUUUGAAUGAAAAGAUCCUUGUAAAAACAGUCGUUAAUCUACCAGAAUACCAAGAUGCAUUGCAAAAGGUACAACAAAUACUUCACGAAAAAUGUUUACUUAAUACAUUUUUUCCCAUGUUUCACCGGGUGACCAUUUCAUAGAAUGACUAACUUUUCAUAACACUGAUAAUAUUUCACUAAGUAUGUAUCAUAUAUUAAUAAUAUGUUGUAUGCAAUAUUAUAUAGUAUAAAUUUAAUAUAUAAGAUUUAUGUAUGAUCAAGUAAGUAAUAGGUAAAGUGGUAGCGAAAUUUGCGUUUCGACAAAACGGUGACAGCUGCUUUUCUUUUAUUCGUAGCCCUUUUCGAAUGAUUCGAGAGUAGAAUCGUACGUGCGAGUUGCAGUGAACCAUCUUGGUUGAUCUUCGUCAAUGUCUGUAUAUUAUUAUUAUUAAAAUUGUAUACAAGUAAUAUAAUAUAGCCCAAGUGUUACUAUUAACUGUCCUACUACGAAAACACGAUUGUGUUAUAUAAUAUAUAUCGUUUUUGAUUUGAUGCAAUAAACACUGUUAAAUGUUAAUUGUAUUAUAGUAAUUAUUCAACUUAUCAAUGAUUUAUUUUUAUUUUCAAUGUAAAUCAGAAUCCAUAUGAUAAAUGUUAUAAAGAGAUUUAUUGGUUUUGUACAAUUAUUAUAUUUUUCUAUAGUCUUAUUGUUAAUACAAUUAUUCUAGUAGAUUAUGUAUGUAUACAAUAUACAUUUAAGUAAAAAAAAAAAAAAAAAAAAAAAUGGGUACGUUAAUCUAUUGUAUAGUAAAACUCAAUCGUAUCUAUAAUGAAUGUGUUCAAUUUGUAUUUACCGAUAAAUCAUUAUAAUAUGAAGUACGAUUUGACGAUUUGAAACGGAAACUGGACAUAAUUUUAAUAUUAUUCUAAAGAUAUUUUAUAAUAAAUAUAUUAUAAAUUAUUAUAAGUUAUUUAUUCUUAUUUUAGUUAUACGAUAUUAUUUUUUUUUUUUUUCAAAAUGACCUC